AUGUCACCCCCCUACUGCUGGCCCUAUGUUUCCCCCCAUGCUAGCCCCAUUUUUCCCCUCCUUCCCCCCCCCCCCUUCUUCCCCCCUUUUCCCCUACGGCUUCCCCUCCUUUCCCCCCCUGCUUCCCCUCCUUUCCCCCCACGCUUCUCCCCUUUUCCCCCACGGCUUCCCCUCCUUUCCCCCCCUGCUUCCCCUCCUUUCCCCCCCUGCUUCCCCUCCUUUCCUGCUUCCCCUCCUUUCCCCCCCUGCUUCCCCUCCUUUCCCCCCCUUCUUCUCCUCCCUUCCCCCCCUGCAUCCCCUCCUUUCCCCCCCUUGCUUGCCCUCCUUUCCCCCCCUGCUUUACGUCCUUUCCCCCCCUGCUUCUCCUCCUUUCCUGCUUCCCCUCCUUUCCUUCGGUGCUUCCCCUCCUUCCCCCAUGCUUUUUCUCCCUUCCCCCCACUGCAUCCCUUCCUUUCCACCACUGCUUCCCCUCCUUUCCCCACCCUGCUUCCGUAUUUUUCACCCACCUUUCCCUCAUUUUCCCCAUCUGCUUGCCUCUGCAAGGCAGGGACGUGUGGCGGGAAGGCAGGGAGGUGUGAUGGGAAGGCAGGGAGGUGUGAUGGGAAGGCAGGGAGGUGUGAUGGGAAGGCAGGGAGGUGUGAUGGGAAGGCAGGGAGGUGUGAUGGGAAGGCAGGGAGGUGUGAUGGGAAGGCAGGGAGGUGUGAUGGGAAGGCAGGGAGGUGUGAUGGGAAGGCAGGGAGGUGUGAUGGGAAGGCAGGGAGGUGUGAUGGGAAGGCAGGGAGGUGUGAUGGGAAGGCAGGGAGGUGUGAUGGGAAGGCAGGGAGGUGUGAUGGGAAGGCAGGGAGGUGUGAUGGGAAGGCAGGGAGGUGUGAUGGGAAGGCAGGGAGGUGUGAUGGGAAGGCAGGGAGGUGUGAUGGGAAGGCAGGGAGGUGUGAUGGGAAGGCAGGGAGGUGUGAUGGGAAGGCAGGGAGGUGUGAUGGGAAGGCAGGGAGGUGUGAUGGGAAGGCAGGGAGGUGUGAUGGGAAGGCAGGGAGGGAUGGCGACGGCGCGAGAGUGAGAAUGGCAGGAAGAGGCGUGCAGGGGGGGGGGGGUAAUGAGGGCGUGUCCGGAAGGGGAGAAGGCGUGGCGGGAAGGGGAGAAGGCGUGGCGGGAAGGGGAGAUGGUGUGGCGGGAAGGGGGGAUAGCGUGGCGGGAAGGAGAGAUGACGAGGCGAGAAGGGGGGAUGGCGUGGCGGGAAGGGGGGAUGGCGUGGCGGGAAGGGGAGAUGACGUGGCGGGAAGGGGAGUUGGCGUGGCGGGAAGGGGAGAUGGCGUGGCGGGGAAGGAGAGAAGGCGUGGCGGUGGUCGCGACGGGGCCGCGUGA